AAAUAAAAGGGACGCGUUGGCUGGCGUCGGUCCGCCGCCCGCACUACCACGCCCCCGCUCCUCUCGUCUCUAUCUUCGCCUCUUCCAUCGCAGGAUUCAGCGGCCAUGGGCGGCGGCAACGCCCAGAAGUCCAAGAUGGCGCGCGAGAGGAACGCCGAGAAGAACAAGGGCGGCAAAGGCAGCCAGCUGGAGGCCAACAAGAAGGCCAUGAACAUCCAGUGCAAGAUCUGCAUGCAGACCUUCAUCUGCACCACCUCCGAGGCCAAGUGCAAAGAACAUGCGGAGGCGAGGCAUCCCAAGAACGACCUCUACCAGUGCUUCCCCCACCUCAAGAACUAGUAAGCAGCAGAAGCAUAUGCUCUGCUCAGCUAAAAGACAAGUACUACAUAUAUAUAUAUACGCUGUGUGUCAAUUAAUGGGUUCUAGGCUGCUGCUGAUGCGGCUGCUUCGUUCGUGUUGCCCCGUCUGAUUAUGUACUGUAACCCUUGGCUGUCAGCCUGCUGUGCUAAAAACCAUUGGUUCUGUGUGGAUUCAUGCUGCCUGCCUGUGCUGUGCUUGCUCAAUAUUUUCUUCU